GUACCAAUACCUGCCCAAUGCGCAGGCCGACUCUGCAAACGAAUGGGGUUUCUAUGGUCGUUGGUGGCGCUCUUCGUCGCCCCCAUUCUGGUCGCUGUUUUUGGCUUACUUUCUGCUACCCUUUUUGAAGCUUAUCGGAGAAGAAUCAACAAUACGCAUGUAGAAUCUCCCGCAGUCUUCGAGGUCCCCAAUUCGUCAAAACAGGUUCCUUGCACCCAUAUUUCCGAUCCAUCAGAGAAGUAUAUAUCUUUGAUAAUCCCUGCAUACAAUGAAGAGCUUAGGCUUCCUGGAGCUCUGGAGGAAACUAUGAAUUAUCUUCAACAAAGAGCGGCAAAGGAUGAGUCAUUUUCUUAUGAGGUGGUGAUUAUUGAUGAUGGAAGUGUUGAUGGGACAAAAAGAGUAGCUCUUGACUUUGUAAGGAAAUACACUAUAGACAAAGUGAGGCUUAUCCUUCUUGGUAGAAAUCAUGGCAAGGGAGAAGCAAUUAGAAAAGGAAUGCUUCAUUCACGUGGUGAACUGCUUCUAAUGCUGGAUGCGGAUGGAGCAACCAAGGUUAAUGACCUUGAAAAACUUGAAAAUGAGUUCAAGGUCUAUGGAGAUGUUGACCAAGCUUCUGCAAAUUAUCUGAUGUUAUGCGGCUAUGCCUACCAGAUCCAUGCUUUUGCCAGAAAGGAGUGUCACGAUGGAGAUUUAGCAGCUAGCAAUUCAAGUUUUAGGAUAUCUGAUAUCCCAAUUGCCGCAUUUGGUUCUCGUGCUCAUCUUGAGGAGAAGGCUCUGGCUACAAGGAAAUGGUACCGGAACUUUUUGAUGAUGGGUUUCCAUCUUGUGGUGCUCUUAACUGCUGGUCCUGGAAUUCGUGACACACAGUGUGGUUUUAAGAUGUUUACUAGGGCUGCUGCAAGGAAGCUUUUCAAAAACAUCCGUUUGAAGAGGUGGUGUUUUGAUGUCGAGUUAGUGUUUCUAUGCAAGUGGUUUGGUAUCCCAAUGAUUGAGAUAUCUGUGAACUGGUCAGAAAUUCCUGGGUCCAAGGUGAAUCCAUUGAGCAUACCAAAUAUGCUUUGGGAGCUUGCACUCAUGUCUGUGGGGUAUCGGACCCAUAUGUGGACAACUUCUACUUGAGCCUUCAUCUUAGAGUUUCAUCUUGAAAAAGUAAUGUGGUCUUUCCAGAGGCUCUCGAUCUUCCAGUACAAUACCUGAGAAAGAAAAGUGUCAGACCUGAUUAGGCCGUGGGGUAUAGAUCUUUUCUUUCAAGAACAUUUGCCAUGGGAAUAUUUUAUGCAAACCAUGAUCUUCCCUUACGGUUUCAAUUUGUGAAAUUAUUUGGUGGUUUCUCCCCCUUCUAUUCUACCUUCAUACAUUUUCCUGACAAAAUUCGGAUUGUGAUGUCGUUUUCCAGAAAUAAGAGAUUGAAUUGAGCAGUA